CUCCUACAUCCAGUCCGCACUUCGCUUUCGCAUUCGCAUUCUUUUUAAAGUGUUCUUCCUCGAAACCGAUUCUUCUUUCAAUUUUCUGCAGUUGCAUUUUAACUUCAUUCACAACGUCCUCUGACACAAAGAAAAUGUCAGACUCUUCGUUAUCCCAGCCAAUGCCAAGCUCUUUCGCCCAACAACGUCAGCACAUGGACUUUCUUAUGGACCUGGAGGUCAUGCAACGGCUACGCUGGCCUCUAUUUGGGCCCAAAGAGGAUAUCAUGGUCGCAGAAGGAUCAGCCUUACAUCCUCUUCUAGACACUGAGCGGCCCCAUCCGCUUGCAGACCAGCCAGCAACCACGCCACCUCGGGCUCGAAUGUUGGUACAGGUAGCCGCGAUUGCCACUUGGGACUAUUGGCAAGACAGCGGAGAUACAGCCUCCGAGCCAACACCGUUGAUUAUCGAGAACGAAGAUGGUCAUGCUAUUACCAUCGGAGAACUUGUUGGAAGGGUGCACCAAUACCUUACACCAUUCGAGAUCUUGCUCCGCGGAGUGUUUGGCCUCUCGAAGACGGGUCCGGAGAAAUUCCAUUGUGCCGGUUUUCAAAAUGUUCUAAGAUACCAUUCUCCUGAGCCUGACUUGGUCUUUCAGAUCGAGGUCGAUUAUGAUUCUGGUAUCAGGGGUAUCGAGGAGUCUUCUAUGGGGGCCCAGCAGCAAUACGCCGGAGAAGGAAGUUUGGUGCACGUUGGGGGAUUGGAGGGCCUCGCCGCUCAGGCUGGAGACUUUCCACAGCAUGAUGCUUCAUAAGUUUAGGAGAUGGAAGCUUUGUGGUUCUCUUGUGCGGUUUUGAUCAAGGAUAACAUCGGUUGGUUCACAUUUACAGCCAGUGUGAAUGGCCAGGAAAGGUAUUCUCUACAUUGAAAUAUUGUACCCUGCAAAAUAUCGAAAUGGAGCAAAACGCAAUUGAAUCACUUUCUAGAUCCUCUAAAUGAGUUUUCAACCACUGUCACUCUUACCUACUGCCCUUCUCCUAUGUUUGGCAAGUGGAAGUUCACCUUCCCUUUCUGAAACCAAUAUAAG